AGGUUGGGCUAGGCUGAAUUCGAAAGCAAAAGCAGAGCAUAUCAUUCCAGUGGAUUUGGAGAUGAGCAUAGGAAGUAUCGCCGGUGCUAUUUCCUCAUCUUUGCAACCACCAAACCUACCUCAUUCCUCGUUGUCCAAAUCUGGCGGAUUCCUCGAUGCCGCCUCUUCCCUUCUUGACUUCCCUUUCUUCCUUCUAACCCAACAUGAAGUCACCUUCGCACCCUCUGUCCACUCCAUUAUCAUCGCCUUCUUGGUUAUUCCCACUUGCUGCCCACUCUAUUAGAUUCGCUUCUUAUUCGGAGACAUGGAAAUCCCCCUCUCCCGUCAUCAAACUUGGUCUUUGGAUCAAAUCCAAACUCCUCGUGGAUUUGCAUUUCCGUCCAAUAAGUGUCUCUUAAAAGAAAGAAAAUGGAGGAAAGCUUCUUCGCAGAUCCAUUGUUCCUCUAUGGAACAAGGGUUGCGACCCCGGCCGACGCCAAAACCUUCGAAAAUCGGUUUUGAUGAAAGACAAGAACCGAUCUUGGAGAAAUCCCAGGUUAAAAAACCCCCUCCAGGACUAUGUAGUCAGAUAGAGAAGCUGGUUUUGUGCAGUAGGUACCGCGAAGCGCUCGAAUUGUUUGAAUUUUUGGAGCUUCAAAGUGGUUAUGAUGUGGGUAGCAGUACGUACGAUGCGUUGGUGAGUGCUUGCGUUAGUCUGAAAUCGAUAAGAGGUGUAAAGAGGGUGUUCAAUUACAUGGUUACUAAUGGGUUUGAGCCAGAUCUGUAUAUGAGGAACAGAGUGUUGCUAAUGCACGUGAAAUGCGGUAUGAUGAUCGAUGCGUGCAAACUGUUCGGUGAAAUGCCUGAGAGGAACUUGUUGUCCUGGAACACAAUCCGGGGACUUGUAGACUCUGGCAGAUACAUGGAAGCCAUUAGAUUAUUUCUAACGAUGUGGGAAGAGGUUUCUGAUGGUUGCUCUCGCACUUUCGCUACCAUGGUUCGAGCGUCUGCUGGAUUGAGUCUCAUUCAUGUAGGAAGGCAGUUUCAUUCAUGCGCUCUGAAAAUGGGUGUGGGUGAAGAUAUUUUUGUGUCUUGUGCACUGAUUGACAUGUAUAGUAAGUGUGGCGUCAUUGAAGAUGCUCAAUUUGUGUUUGAUUUAAUGCCAGAAAAGACAACUGUAGGAUGGAAUUCCAUUAUUGCCGGUUAUGCGCUUCAUGGUUAUAGUGAGGAAGCGCUGGAAAUGUAUUAUGAGAUGCGCAAUUGUGGUGUUAAAAUGGACCAUUUUACAUUGUCAAUAGUUAUAAGAAUAUGCGCAAGAUUGGCCUCACUGGAACAUGCAAAACAAGCUCACGCUGCUUUAGUUCGUCAUGGUUUUGGUUCUGAUAUAGUGGCUAACACAGCUCUCGUGGACUUCUAUAGCAAAUGGGGUAGGAUGGAAGAUGCUCGUCAUGUUUUUAACAGGAUGCCUUGCAAGAAUGUUAUAUCUUGGAACGCAUUGAUUGCUGGAUAUGGCAAUCAUGGUCAGGGUGAUGAAGCAGUAAGUAUGUUUGAGCAGAUGCUUCGAGAAGGGAUGAUUCCCAACCAUGUCACUUUUCUUGCUGUCCUGUCUGCUUGCAGUUAUUCAGGAUUAUCAGAAAGAGGUUGGGAGAUUUUUCAAUCUAUGAUUCGAGACCAUAAGAUUAAGCCCCGAGCAAUGCAUUAUGCGUGUAUGAUCGAAUUGUUAGGUAGAGAGGGUCUUUUAGACGAGGCAUUUGCAUUAAUCAGAAGUGCACCUUUUCAACCAACGACUAACAUGUGGGCAGCGUUACUGACAGCGUGCCGAAUGAAUGAGAAUUUAGAGCUCGGGAAGUUUGCGGCUGAAAAACUAUAUGGAAUGGAGCCUGAGAAGCUGAGCAAUUAUGUGGUGCUGUUGAAUAUAUAUAACAGAGCUGGCAAGUUGAAGGAAGCGGCUGGUGUUGUUCAGACCUUAAAGAGGAAGGGUUUAAGAAUGCUUCCAGCAUGUACCUGGAUUGAAGUUAAUAAACAGACAUUUGCUUUCCUUUCUGGAGAUAAAUCCCACCCGCAAGUGAAAGAAAUAUACCAAGAAGUGGACAAUCUGAUGCUCGAGAUAUCAAGACAUGGUUACAUGGUGGAGAACAGUACUUUGCUUCCUGAUGUAGAUGAAGAAGAACAGCGUGUAUUGAAAUACCAUAGCGAGAAAUUAGCAAUAGCUUUUGGAUUGAUCAGCACAAAAAAAUGGACGCCUUUGCAGAUAACUCAGAGCCAUCGCAUUUGUAGUGACUGCCAUAAUGCGAUUAAAUACAUAGCCAUGGUUACUGGACGAGAAAUCGUGUUGAGGGACGCUAGCAGGUUCCACCAUUUCAGAAAUGGGACUUGUUCUUGUGGUGACUACUGGUGAGGAGUGAUGAUGAAGCUCAUUCAUAACACAAGUACUGCAAAGUGGGAUCAGCGAAACAUAUUAGAUCUCACGUAAUGUGUACUCGAGAAUUUUUGCCGGAUUAGCUUGUAAUCAUUUUUCUAUUGUUCAGCUAGGUAGAUACUAAUACAUAAAUAUAUGGUUGCAUUGUAAAAUUUUAUAUUUCUUUUCUGAGUUACUCUAAUAAAACGUCACGAUUUCUUCCAUCAA